CACUUCAAGCUGCAGGCGGGGGGUGAUUAUACUCUCCAGCUUCUCCUGCACAGUGUGUUCACACCAGUGGCUAUCAUUCAAAAGAAGAAGUUAGCUUCAACUUUUGGAGAAAUCUACACAUAGGAAGGUAAACUUUAUGACCUGUCACCAGCCAAUCCGUUGCCAGUCUUGAAGUGGGUGGCUGAUAAAAGCUGCACAGCAGACGAGAAAAGUUCAUUUUAUAUACAGCUUUCCUACUGAUAGGACAAAAGCUACAUCUGCUCAGACUGGACUGAGUAAACAGAUUUCAGCUGCAGCACGGACACACUCGAGGAACAGAGCAGCCCUCAAGAGUUGGGAACGAGCAUAAUAGGGGUUAGCCAUGUGGGUGCCUUUAUUGCUACUCCUGGCUUCUCUGGCCAACCAGGCCUCUACAUCUAGAGAGCGAGAUUGGGCUCAUCAUGGAUCGUCCAUGUUUGCUGAUCUCACCCCUCGUGAGAUGCAUGCCGUGAGAGACUACCUCCACUCCCGCAGCGAGAUGGGCCUUAUUUCGGCUAAAGACAAGUCCCUCAAGAAGAAUAGCAUCCUCCUCAUAGAGCUGCAUGUUCCUAGAAAGCAUGAGGCCCUCCGGGCCCUGGACAGAGGCCAGGCCAGACCACCUCGCCAAGCUCGUGUUGUGGUGCAGUUUGGCAACCAGGAACAUCCUAAUAUAACCGAGUACAUUGUUGGCCCCCUGCCCUUACCAGAUAGCCAUCAGAUCAGGACCUUUAAAGGUGACCGGCCAAUCCGCUUCGAGUCGCGUCCAAUCAGUUCUGUAGAAUACGGGCACGUGAAUGCCAUCUUGGAGAAGAUUUCAGCUAAAGUGGACAAAAUUCUGCACGAGAGCACAGGAUUCACCUUUUCAAACUGCACCGAUCGGUGCCUGACCUAUUCAGACAUUGCUCCUCGCGGGCUGGAGCCGGGAGAAAGACGCACAUGGAUCAUGCUGCAGAAGUUUGUGGAGGGGUACUUCAUACAUCCUGUGGGGUUUGAAGUUCUUAUCAACCACAAAGACCUGGAUCCAGAGAAGUGGACUGUGGAGAAAGUGUGGUAUAAUGGACAGUAUUUUGAUAGUCUGGACGAGUUCGUGAAAAAGUAUGAGCAGGGAACGAUCUCUAAGCACAAGCUGCCUGAACAUGAUGAGAAAGAUCUCUUCUCCACCUAUAUUCCUCGUGGCCGAAGCAACAUGCACACAAACAUCCAUGGUCCAAAGCUGGUGGAGCCUCAAGGUCACAGAUACAGGAUCGAUAGAAAUUUUGUGGAGUAUGCUGGAUGGUCCUUUGCCUACCGUGUUCGCUCGUCUGCUGGCCUCCAGAUCUUUGACCUUCGUUUCAAUGGUGAGAGGGUGGCUUAUGAGAUCGGCUUACAAGAGGCCAUUGCUUUCUACUCUGGAGACACCCCAGCUGCAAUGCAAACAAAAUACAUAGAUGCGGGCUGGGCCAUGGGGACCUCCGAUUAUGAGCUUGCUCCAGGUAUUGACUGUCCUGAAAUUGCCACUUUUGUGGACAUGUAUCAUUUCUAUGACACUGAUAAGCCGGUGCGGUAUAAGAAUGCGUUAUGCAUCUUUGAGAUGACUAUGGGCUUACCUCUGAGACGGCACUUCAACAGCAACUUCCAAGGGGGCUACAACUUCUAUGGGGGACUUGAAAACCAUGUUCUAGUGAUCAGAACCACCUCCACUGUCUACAACUAUGACUACAUCUGGGACUUUGUCUUUUACCAGAAUGGAGUAAUGGAGUCUCGAGUUAGUGCCACCGGGUACAUUCAUGCCACGUUCUUCACAGAAAAUGGCUUAAACUAUGGAACCAGAGUUUACAACUAUGUAUUAGGAAACUUGCACACACAUCUUAUUCACUACAAAGUGGACCUUGACAUUGCAGGACGAGAGAACAGCUUUGAGUCACUAGAACUCAAAUAUGUCAACUUCACCAAUCCCUGGAGUCCCAGACACACCAUCAAGCAAUCCACCCUCCACAGGACGCAGUACGAAACGGAGCGCAGCGCAGCAUUUCGCUUCGGAAAGAAGUUCCCUCGCUAUUUACACUUCUACAACGACAAUCAGAAGAACAAGUGGGGACACAAGAAGGGUUACCGGAUCCAGUUUAAUUCACAUGCCCACAGUGUGCUACCCCGGGGCUGGAGCGAGGAGAACGGUAUUACGUGGGCAAGGUACCCAUUGGCUGUAACCAGACACAAGGACAGUGAGGCCACAAGCAGUAGCAUCUACACCCAGAAUGACCCAUGGGAGCCUGUGGUGUCAUUUGAGGAUUACAUUCGCAACAACGAAAACAUUGUAAACCAGGAUUUGGUUGCAUGGGUUACAGUGGGUUUCUUACACAUUCCUCACUCUGAAGACAUUCCCAACACAGCAACUCCCGGAAACGCCGUCGGCUUCUUCCUGCGACCCUUCAACUUUUUCGACGAAGACCCCUCGCUAUCGUCCCGCAGCACGGUCAUCGUGCGUCCCGACAAGGAAGGCAAACCAAAAGUUCAGAGAUGGACUUCAGAGGUCGUGGGUCACUGUGUCUCAGACAAACCUUUCUUCUACAACGGUACAUACGCUGGUGUUUAAAUCAGAGUUAGAGGUGAAGUGGUGGUAAAUUUUAUUUUUGCUAUAUUAGAUGUCAGCCUAAAUAUAUGAAAUAUAAAGACAAUUAAGAGACAGUACUAUUUACAAGGUGUGGAUAUUCUAUCAUCCCAUAGGCUUAUAGGUACAUAUUCAUAUACAUACUCCAUUCCUUGUCAGUGUAUGUCAAAAACUGCUGUUUUGUGACCAUGUGUUGUUGAGAAUAUAAGAUUAGAAAUUGCCCAAAAUGGGAAUGUUCUAGGGCUGCACGAUAUAUAGUUUCAGCAUCGAUAUUGCAAUGUACACAUGCACAGUAGACAUACCACAGGACGUACAAUGUAAAAUGAACAUUUUUAAAUGCUUUUUUGCUGCUUUAUAUAAAGAAAACGGCACUGUUCUCAUUUUACAUUACAGUAUUGCAUUAUUAAUAUGAUGUGAAAUUUGUGGAAAAUUCUUGUCAUUUUUAAUAACACAAUCUAUAUUGCAGAACAACAAGAUAUCAUGAUGUAAAUGUUUUCCAAUAUUGUGCAGCCCUAGAAUGUUCUGCUUUUAAUGUUUUUGUUUUGAUGUUUUUAAGUUUUAGGUAUCAAAGUAAUAAAAUUGCUUUAACCAUC